AUGGCCAGUAAGCCACCCUCCCCUCCCGCAACCCCACCCCUAAACCCCACAGCCCUCUUCGCCCAACCCGCCUUAUACCUCAACCCACCCUCCCCCACCCCCCCAACCGUAAUCCCCGCCCUGGUAUACCGCGUGCACCGCACCAGCGCGCAAACACGGUACUCGUUCGCGACCGGCUUCAGCGCCAAGAACCAAACCACCAUCCUCAACUACACGUCCGCGCUGUCCCGCUUCGGGCUCGCGCACCUGCACCAGCAAACCAACAUCUCGUCGCCGUUUGUCUCCGUGUACGAUGACCUGGCGCACGCGCACAACGUGGCGCAGCACUGGGCGGACGUGUACGGCGAGGAGACGUGGGUCGUCAGUGUUGACACGCGGCAUUUUGCGCGGGGGCCGGUGUUUAGGGCUGCGGAUUUGUUGAAGGAUGCGAGUGUUGACCAUGGUGAUGCCUGGCUGCAUUGGGGCGAGUAUCUGGUCAUGUACCGUGUCCCUGCUCAGGCUAUUCGGGACCAGACGCCUGUAGGGCGGGGCAAGGCGCAGGCUUGGAGGGCUGUGGGCGUUAUUGGUGGUUCUUGA